GUCCGAUGGAAUCGUUGCCUGUCUCUUAGUACAAUAAAAGAUUUGCUGCAUGCAGCCUAUCCUCGUCAAUAUCGUGUUAGCAGCAGCAGCAGCAGCAGCAGCAGCAGCAGCAGUAUAUUUGAGGCAGAGGAGGCAUGGGUGUCUCCUCGUGCUGCUGCCUUCUUCUCUAAUCAUUUUGUUGGUGCUCAGGUGUAUCUACAGAGGGCACCAAGACUAAGGGGACUGCAGGCUGCUCAUCAGCUCUUUGAUGAUUGGAGGAAGGGAGUCAAGAAACGUUCUGCUGCUGCUCCUGCUGCUCCUGCUGCUGCAGGAAGCGCAGCAGCAACAGCAGCAGAAGGUGCAACAGGAGGAGACCAAAGCAGCAAGAUGCAGACAUGCGAGACAGACGAGGGUUCUGCGUCUCCUGUAUCAACAGAAGACGACAGCAGCAGCAGCAGCAGCAGCAGCAGUAGCAGCAGCAGCAGCAGCAGUAUAAAUAGUUGUGGUAGUAUAAUACGUUUUUGUGUAAUUGUCUCCGAAGUGUCUCCUCUGGAUACGAACGAUCCCAGGGAGUUGCUGCCUAUUGCUGCAGCAGCAGCAAUAGAUCUACAGUCUCUUGCUGAUGCAUUCAAUGCACAAGCAGCAAAAGGACCAGAGGAGACACCAACUGUUGCUUCUGCUCUAUUAACUGGGGGUGUUGCUGCAGCAGCAGCAGCAGCAGCAGCAGUAUCUGGUGGAGGUAGUUCUGCUGCUGAAUUGCAUGCAGAGGGACGAUUAAUGGGUAUAAAAGAAGUUGUAUUUAUAAGGAGUCCCCCUGUUGUAUUUGUUUAUGAUUUAGUAGAGGCAGGACGUCAGGUGUAUAGGCAGCUAUGCUUCUCUUCUUCCUUACGUAAUUCCUUUGAUUGCUGCAGUACUAAGAGACUGUCUCCUCCAUCAGAGGAGACACCUAAUGAGGGACCUGAGCUAGCAAUAGGGUCUAUAUAUACAACACCUGAUCUAGGUCUAUCUACUCCUGAUGAGAUAGCAGCAGCAGCAGCUGCUGCUGCUGCUGCAACAGGAGGGAGGGAAGAUGCAGCAGCAGCUGCUGCUGCAGCAGCAGCACAAGUUGCAUCUACCAGGGAAGGAGGACUACAACUUUCUUCUUCCUCCUCUGAUGCUAAGGGUCUUAUUAAUGCCCCUUCUCUUGUUAUAGCAAGACGGAGGGGCCCCGGGGGCCCCCGUGAGGUGUAUGUACCCUCUAGGCAUCUACGGGGUCUAAUUCCCUUUUGCCUAUUGGAGGACUAUGAGUUCUGGGUAUGUGACGAACUGUCUCUUAUUACUGGUUACCAGCGUCCCCAUGCUGCAGCAAGAAGCCGCUGUCCCUUCCGGCUGUAUAUACACCUUAUUUAUACAGCAGAAGGAGGAGGAUUAUCUGCAGAGGCUAGUGCUGUUAUUCGUCGUGUAGCACUAAAGGAUAAGAAGCAGCAGCAAGUAUUAAAUUCUGCUGCUGAUGGUCCCUUCAGCAGCAGCAGCAGCAGCAACAGCAGCAGCAACAUAAGUAGCACCUCCAGCAGCAUAACCAGCAGCAGCAGCAGCACCAGCAUCAACAACAACAGCAACAGCAGAAGCAGCAGGAGUUAUCAUGAUGAUGAGGAGGAUCCAAGUAUAGAAGAGGAGACACUUAUUAAUCUCCUUCUUGCCCCUGAGGUGUCUCCUCUUGGCUAUCUAAGAGACAGUCUCCUUCGUGUUGAGUCUCUUAGUCAUAUACUUGUAUGGACAAAAGCACCAAGGAGACCAAGGGGACCAUUAGAUAUAGAUGCUCUUUCUUCUCAUCAAGGAACUGUUGAUGCUAUUGAGCUACCCAGGCUGUACGGUUACCACAGCGUCAGUCCAGCUCCCAGCAGCAGCAGCAGCAGCAGCAACAGCAGCAGCAGCAGCAGCAGCAGCAGCAGCAAGUAA